GGCGGUGGGGCGGGACGUCCGGGGCGGGCUCUGGGUACCCGGUGCGGAAGGGUCCGGCCCGGCCCAGGUCGGAACAAAGCGGCGGCGCGGCAGGUCCGGCAUGGCGGCGCGGCCGGCCCGGCUCCGCCUCUGGCUUCUUCUGCAUCUGCUGCCGCAGGUGUACUGUGAGUAUGGGAUGGUACAUGUUCUUUCAGAGAAGGGGAGCAGCAAAGGAAAAGACUACUGUAUUCUCUUCAACUCUCAAUGGGCCCAUUUGCCACAUGAUCUGGGUAAAGCUUCACUUUUGCAACUGCAGGAUCAGACAGCAUCUGUUUUGUGUUCUCCUUCUGAUGUACCUGAUGGGGGAUUUAAUAAUCAAAUCCCCAUGGUGAUGCGAGGAAAUUGCACCUUCUAUGAGAAAGUGAGGCUUGCUCAGAUAAAUGGGGCUCGGGGGCUGCUGAUUGUUAGUAGAGAGAGACUGGUUCCUCCUGGAGGUAAUAGGAGUCAGUAUGAAGAGAUUGAUAUUCCUGUGGCUCUGCUUAGCUAUACUGAUAUGUUAGAUAUUGGCAAGAGUUUUGGCAGCUCAGUGAAAGGAGCAAUGUAUGCACCAAAUGAGCCUGUGCUGGACUACAACAUGGUGAUUAUCUUUGUCAUGGCUGUGGGGACUGUUGCAAUUGGAGGAUACUGGGCAGGAAGCAGAGAUGUGAAAAAGAGGUACAUGAAGCACAAGCGUGAUGAUGGGGCAGAGAAACACGAUGAUGAAACAGUGGAUGUGACUCCCAUAAUGAUCUGUGUGUUUGUAGUGAUGUGCUGCUCAAUGCUCGUCCUCCUUUAUUUCUUCUAUGACCACUUAGUCUAUGUUAUAAUAGGAAUAUUCUGCCUGGCUGCCUCGAUUGGUCUUUACAGUUGUCUGUCUCCUUUUGUAAGAAGAUUCCCCUUGGGAAAGUGUAGAAUCCCAGACAACAACUUGCCUUAUUUUCACAAGCGUCCCCAGGUCCGGAUGUUGCUCUUGGCAGUAUUUUGUAUCUCUGUCAGCGUAGUCUGGGGAAUCUUCAGAAAUGAAGAUCAGUGGGCCUGGGUUCUGCAAGAUGCUUUAGGAAUUGCUUUCUGUCUUUACAUGUUGAAAACAAUUCGCCUGCCUACUUUUAAGGGUUGUACCUUACUCCUCCUGGUUCUUUUUGUGUAUGAUGUGUUCUUUGUAUUUAUCACACCUUUUAUAACAAAGACUGGGGAGAGUAUAAUGGUGGAGGUGGCUGCAGGCCCAUCUGAUUCUGCCACUCAUGAAAAGCUCCCAAUGGUCCUGAAGGUUCCUCGACUGAAUUCCUCACCAUUGGCUCUAUGUGACAGGCCUUUUUCUCUCCUAGGAUUUGGAGACAUUUUAGUUCCAGGCUUACUGGUAGCCUAUUGCCAUAGAUUUGAUAUUCAGGUGCAGUCAUCCAGAGUCUACUUUGUAGCCUGCACAAUAGCAUAUGGCAUAGGCCUUCUUGUGACCUUUGUUGCCUUGGCACUGAUGCAGAUGGGCCAGCCUGCUCUCCUCUACCUGGUGCCCUGUACUCUCCUCACCAGCUUGGUGGUGGCCCUUUGGAGAAGGGAGCUUGCCAUGUUCUGGACGGGCAGCGGCUUUGCGAAAGACCUACCUCAGCCUCCCGUGGUGAUAGCUCCUGUCAGCUGCCCUCAGCUUCCCAAAGACAGCAGUGUACCAGCUUCUCAACAAGACACAGAGCAAAUGACCAAUCCCACCCUCCAUGUGAAGGAGCUGCACAGCUCUGGCUCGGCUGAGGAGGAGUUGGCUGAUACCAGUGCAAAGACAGACCAGUCAGAAAUCUCUGUUGCUCACAGUGAGGAACCAACUGAUCAGAAUAAGGAUGACCUUGAAAGCAAAUGCCUAAAUGCAGAACAAAACCAGUUGGAAUAAGUGACAUGAUAAGAACUCCGUACCUUCCCUCACAAACAUAUCUAUAUAAAACCAGUAUGUAUUUAGGACUGGUUUAGUAGGGUUUGCUUUCAUUGAGGAACCUCACUAGGAGUCUGAUCAUCAAAUCCAACAAGGAAUGUUCUGUCUCCAGCUUCGGUACAGCUAUAAACUUAAAACAUCUUUCUGAAAUAUGGUGCUCUCCAGGAGUUCUGAUGUGUGGGUUUCAGUGAUCACUGUUAGUGAAUGCCUUUGACCAUUUUUUUCCAUUUGCAUUAUAGCAGGGUAGCAUCAAGAGUACCUAUUUACUCAGUACUUUGAGCUUGUGUGGCUGUUUUGCUGCUUUACCAUGGUGUAGGUUAACAUGGAGGAAAAGCAUUGAACAAGUCUGCUACAAUGCUUACUUGAGAGGAACGUGGUCACUUUUUUUUUGGCACUUUCCCUAUUGUCACCAUUUACUUUACUUCUCCUGACUUGUCAAAGCCAGUGAUAUAAGGGAAUGCGUUGUUAUAAACUGACAUUCAGGAAAUGCAGAGAAUGGUUAAAUUACCAUUACUCCAAAAGGCUUUAUGCUACCAUGGUGCAUUAAAUGCAUCUCAACCUUUUUGUCUUUGUUUUUACUUCUAGGUACCUGGGCUACUAGUUGUUUAAAAGGCAGGGUGAAUAAAACUCCAGGAAGCUUUCUAGGCAUUCAUGUGAACUCUUAAGGGCUCUGAUAAUAAACAAGGUUGGUCACAGAAUGCUGCCUGGAAGCAAAUGCCUAUUAGGAACGUUUAGAAAUAAAAUAUAGGCCAAAUAGGUAAAAAAAAAAAUAGGUAGUAGCACUAUACUAAGCUUAACAGGCAGGGUUUUCAUUGGGAAAAUGUUAAAGCGCAAAUGUUCUUACGUUUGCAGCUUUGAGCUUCUAUUUGUUGUUCAUUCAAGGAAUAUAAUUGUGAUUUCUAAUUCUGAAGAAAAUAGUCUGUUUUUCAUUCCCAAUGGAGCACAUAUGGUGCUAGAGACAGUUGUGAUUCAAAAGCUACUUGCUGCUCAGUAACUUACCAACUGUCUAAGUCAUGUUUUGUCUUUUCCCAAGAGUACCCAAAGCAUAAUCUGUCAGGUUCUUCAAUGAGCCUGGGAGCUCAUCUGUUAUUUUGCAUCUCUUGCUACAAUGUGAAGGAAUUUGUGAAUUUAAAAAUUUUGGGAUGCAGCUGGUCUUACUUCAUAUUCCUGAAAUUGUAUGUUUUCCUGUAUAACAUGAUUGAGACUUUUAUGCAUCAGCUUUUGUACACAGAAGGACUGUGGGAUUUGCAUAUUGUUCCAUCUAAAUAUAUUUGCCUUUAUCAGAGGACUGUGUUCUGCACUUAAGUUGCAAUUCCAGAAAGCCUCAAACACUUCACAUGAAAACUGAAAUAGAAAAUUAAAGGAUCCUUGGAUGUGAUUCCAGAUUGCAUGGAAGAAAUACUCUUGACUAUUUGAGAGCACAAAUGUAAUUUACAAAAGUACUGCUGCAGUGAUGCAAUCAGGGGCAUUGCUGUUAAAUUGAGAGUCUCCAGUUGGCAUGUUGGAGUUGAAGGGUUCUCUUUUCAAAUCUGUCUGUUAAAUAUCAGCCAUUGUCUUUUUGGUAGGUCUUCCAAAAGUUUGCCCUGUGCUUUUUGGAUGAAAGCUUCUAUGGGCAGUGGUAGCAUUCUUUGUCUAGAAUGUGAGUAGCUUUCUCUAAAACCACACUCUGGCUUCAGAGUUUUACUAGCUCCUGCUUAAAGCCUUGAACCUUGUCUGAUAGGAUAUUUAUUAAGUUUUUUGGAAGACUUCCUGAGGGCAAUGGCCAACACUACAUUUAAUUUACAAAUUGCCCUAAUGGAAGAUAGUACUAAAGCAAUCUGGUUUUCAGUCUCCUCUUUAAUGGACUGUUACUUUGGCUACCAGUAACCUGAACCAGUUACUAACUAAUAAAAAGUAACACAAAAAUUGUACUGAAAACUUCAAUCAGCUGGAUUAUGCCUUAAAUUAAGUCAUUGUGUAAGUAUUGUUAUUAAAUUAAGAAAGCAAUCUUGUGUUUAAAUAAUGAACUUGACAAAUAGCAAGGUAAGUUGGAGACUGACUCAAAAGUUCUGUUGGUUUUUGCCUUGCUCAUCUCUUAGUCAGAAUGUUGUUUGGAGUAGCUUUCUACAUAUAUAAAAGCCAGUAGCUUUCUGAUGACAAAACAUUAGGUAUUAUCAUUUACUUGAAAGUGUACUUUCACAUUUGUUCUCAUGUGUGAUUAGGAAACGAUUUAUUUCUCAGAUUGUUCAUAGUUCAGUUACAACUGGUCACACUGAACUAGACAUUUCACAGUUGAAUUCUGGACAUGUCUGUGUCAGGUUUGGGGGAAUUUCCCUCUGUUUUUAAGUGUAACUUUUCUCCCCCAAACAACAAAGAAUGCAGAACAAAAAAAGUUUCUCAGCACAGUACUUCCAGUUAAAGCAUGUGAAGUGGCAGCAAUUUACAGAUUUUGACUAUCUCAGUACUGUACAAAUCAGGUGACCCUGGUGCUCCAGUUUGGCUGUGACUGUUCAGACCCUGAUCCUGGGCAGUUCAAUUGCUUCUAUCAAAAACCAAGGCUGUAUUUUUUUAUAUAUAAAAACUCUUCCUGAUCAGCUAAAUUUAAAACGUAAUGUUGUAUAGGAAAAUAUGCAUAUCAGUUCAAUGUGACUGAUUUUAUUUGGUGAUUUCAAAUACACUUUACACACCAAACUUGAGUUUUAAUAUUUAAAGUAAUGAAAGUAAUAUUAAUAGUAAAAAUAAUGUUGAUAGGCUUCUUGUUUAUGUCUUUCUCAUACUAAGCCUUAUCUGCCUAGAAAUUCAUAAAGGGCUGUGUUCUUGAGAACUUGUAUGUGUUCAGGGGAAGCAUCUCUUUAAGCAAAACAAAAACCCAAACAAACACAAAAACCCCAACAACAACCAACACCUCUAAAAGAAAAAUUCAUUUGAGAAAAUCUGACUCUUUGGAUCAGAAUAAUGAGGAUCAGAGUCCUUCCUCAAGUGUUUGUUUUGGUCUGUUCCCUCCUGAAGGAUUUCCCAAAUGCAGCUAAAGGUAGAAUGGAAUAUGAAGGACUUUACUGAGGUGACAAGAGAAAAGGAUCCUAAACCCUCUUUAAAUUUUGUAGAUUUUAUUUUUCUUGUCACAAAUGAAGAGCAUUUAAAAUAUAUAAAAAAGAAACACAGAAUAAUAGAUUUCAAAAUAUAUUCUGUUUUUACCAGUAAUAAAAGCACAUCCACAUAUGUAAGAGGUACAGUUGUAAAAAUAUUAAAUGUUUUCUCUGAACUUGGACAGAUGCCACAACAGAAAGUCUGCAGCACAGCCUAUUUUCUAAAACGUUUUUUGACAUUUUCGUAGAGAACUUCCGUUAGAAAACUGUUACUUCCCAGAUUUCUUGAACAUUUUCCAUGGUUUUGGAUAACUGGUCAAGCUUUUCCUUCAGAAGAUUCUCUUUCCUUACAGUACCCCUUAGUAUGGCUGUUAAGAAUGUCUUGGUAGUAUUUUUCACCUAUGCACAUAUCUGUGUUUCAGCUUUGGUUUUUGCGUUCCCAGUGCAUUGUUCUAACUGGGAACAGAACAUGAGUACCAUGAUAGUGCCUGUUGACUUCUGAGUGUGCUGGAAACGGGUGCUGACUGUGGAGCCAGAGGGAACCCAGCCAGUAGCCUCUGCUAAAAUAACAAUGUUGUGAGCUUGCAGACUGUGGCUGCAGUCAUUAAUGAAUUCAUCUGCCUUGGGGAUGUGCUGUGAUUUUACCUGCAGCUCUUUAGGAAAGCCAGUAUUGGAUGUUUGAGAGCAGUGUUGCCUUAAAGCUGGCAUGCGCUGUUUCAGUGCAAGAUGCAGAACUUUUGCUCUUGUCUUUAGCCCCACGGCUGUGUAUGUGUUUCUGGUUUGUUGCACUGCACAGGCUGUAUGGAAUGUAAAGCCCAUGAUACUUCUUUUUAACAGCAGCUUCAUUGACUGUCCAUGAACAAACCAGAGUAUUUUGUACAUGCUUUCAUCAUGUAGUGGGUUACUUGUAGUACACUGAGGGCUGAAUAUGCUGGCCAGGCAGCAGUGUAUACAACUAAUGAUUAUCGAUGCUUGGCACAUAGCACAUUGGCACAAAUGUGAAAUACAGACAAACAGUAGAUCCAAAUACUCAUCCAAAGCCUGCAGAGAUGGUGCUUUUUUCCAUGACAAGUAAAAUCUGAUGUUUUAAAAGGAAUGUAGGGCUGUGUGUUCAGGCAGAUGAGAACAGGAACCAUGGUCAAAGGUCCAGGAAACAUCAUUACCAAGGAGCAAUGAAUCUGUAGGUGUUUUAGUCUCACAUGUGGUUUCCCAGCUGGGGCAGGAUAUGAAGAACAGAGCUGCACUAACAGCUUUUCAGUUUAAGUUUUUGCCAGUGGUGCUGGGUCGGUUGGAGAGAGGGAGGAUAAAAAACUGAGGAUGACUCAGAAAGUAUGAGGAGACACUGAACAAGAAAGGCAGUGGAAGAGUUUACUCCAAAGAAGACCUAAGGGCAUGAUAAAUAUCAAAAAAUCUGAAAUGCUGCUACAAAUUGGGAAAACAAUUUGUCAUUUUCAAGUAGAGAUGACAUUAGAAUUAAUGGACUUUAAUUACAAUAAGAAAAUUUUGGAACCGAUGGUAGAAAAAUCUAGGAGUGGCUGACAGGUAAAGGGCUCAGCAGAACAGGGCAGUGCCCAGCACGAGCUCCUUUGGUUGUGCAAGGAGAGAAUUGAACCACACCAACCAGAGUAAUUUCACCACUGGCAGUUGGGGCCAGCCAACAAGCCCUGGCCUACCUGUCCAGACCGUCUGAGGGUCAGGAUUCCUGGGUUUAAUGGUGUUAGAGCAUGAGCUUUAUCCCAGAGUACUCAAUUUAUAUAUCAUGAAUGCUGUCAGAAUGCUCUGUAACUGCUGUGAUGGACAGUUCAGCUCUUGUGAGACAAAGACUGUGUUUUCUGCUACUUAAAAGUGAUAAAUCCUCUGGAAAGAAACCACAACAAUUGUAGUCCUUUUUUUUUUUUCUAUGUUUAAUUUGUUGAUUUGCUUCUGGCACCCCAGAACAUUUUCAGAACAAGACAACUUUGUGUGUUACCAGAAGCAUCCUUUGGACAGUGGCAUAAAAGACCUUUCUCUUCUCUGUCAUCUCUGUUUAUCAAUUAUGUAUUCUUAUAUGAGGGUUCCAGCUUUUCCAGUUUUGCAGUUAAAUAUUCAAAUUAUGUGGAGUCAAGAUGACAUUUUGCCAUCUGUAGAUUAGUGAUAGGUGAUGAAUAAUGUGUUUAAAUCGGAUUUUCUUGAAUUGGGAACUAGUGUACUGUACACAAUCAUCUGUAAUUUCAGGAACUAGCAGAGGACUUAACUUCAUGUGAUGCAGGGGCUCAGGUUUGGCUCUGUUUCCUAGAAGUUGUUGGUGAGUCCAGCAGCCAGGGGUUACUGAUGCACAUGCUCCUACAAUUAUUUGGAGCCACCUUCCCUAGGUGAAGGUGGCAUUACAGUUUAUCCAGUUUUCUCAUAUUUUUUCUGCAUGUCAGCAUGCAAGUUUAGCUCCAGAUGGCAAACUUCAUCCAGAUGUUUGUCUCCUGGAUGUAAAUUCAGGAAAUUCUGAGAUGAUCUGCAAGCUAAAUUUUUUUGGUUAAGAAGUGCUUCCUGCUAACAUGCAUUCUAUGUUGGGAACUGACUUUGAGUGUUUCAUGCAAAUAUUGGUCAGCUGAAAAUAUGCAGAGACAUGGUUUCAAAGUAAACCAGCUCAUCGCCAGCUCAUGCCCCAUCCCUGAAAGUUCAAAGCUAGCCUGGAUGUAGCCCUGAACAACCUGAAUCUAGUGGACAGCAUCCACCCCAUGGCAGGGACUGGAAUGAGAUGAUCUUAAGGGUCUCUUCCAACCCAAACCAUUUCACCAUUCUAAGAUUCUAUCAUAACCCCUAAAAAAAAUUGGUGGCUUGGGCUGGUAGUAGCCCUGCAGUAACAAACAGGCAACACCUCAAAUUCUGCAGAAAGUUCUCAUCUCUGGGAAUGUGACACUUUGCAUGAGCAGCAGUACCCUGUUCAGUCAGUGCAGUGAGGCCAGUGAGGUUUCCCAGAGCCCGACAUUUGGGGCAGGGUUGCAUGCAAGAGUCAUAUCUGAUAUUUCCAAUACAAUAACUUCUUCCUUAAGCCAGAGGUUUGGAGUGGAUAGAAGUAGCUCUUUUCAUCUGAAACAUAUCUGUAGUCAGGAAAUUGCCACAAACCUGCCACCUCUCCUCUGUGAAUCCAAGCCUUGAACUCUGGGAUCAUGGGAAGCUGGUGAUGUUUGGGGAGAAGCAGAGAUCUUUACACGCAUUCCCCAGCAAGGAACCAGAAGAUAAUUUUAUUGUUCUGUUGUAACUGAAGUUGUUCUGAUUUAUGUUGAACAAAAACCUCAAAACUGUGGUUCAGUUUUAGUUUGACAAAGUAAAAAAACAACCCACAGUGGCAUAAUUUAAUUUGGUUUGGGUCAUAACUUACUUUUUUCAUAAUCAGUAGUGGAGACUCCAAAAAAUGUAUAUCAGAGAUGUUAGAGCAGACCCUGAGUUGGCAGCAAGCCUGUAGGAAACAGGCUGAUUGCUCUGACAACCAGUUAGUGCAGUGGUCUGCCUGUGCUGGGGUGAGCAUGUCACCAGUUUGUCCUCAACUUAUGCUUUGCCACUUGUCUCCUCCAGCAACCUUUUGACUCUCAAACUCUCAGAGUAUGAGUUGUGGGAGAACAAGAAGGAAUCUGAGUCACAAUGUACUGCUUGUGAUGUAUGAAAGGCACUGUGCCCAACCUGGGGCCUGGGCUCCACGGUGCGUUCCUCACGGGACUGAACACACGAAACCUCGAUCCUAAAGCCACUGAUAGGAACUAUGAACUCUGCUACUUUCAACCUAGCAACACAGGAAAGCAAAACCUAAGAAAAACCUGAAUUUACAGCCCUGCCCAGGGAUGCUCUGCUCAUUUUUGACCAUGUUCCUUCAAGGCUGGAGGAAUUGGGGUUUGAUAACCCGGCAGCAACCCAUGAACCCCCUGUGACGCCUGCUAGUGUUACUUUACUGAAACUGAAUCAGAAAUGCUUUGGGUGUGGAUUGGUGGAAGACAGGAAAUAAAAAUUUCAAACAGCGUAAAAAUUAUUUGCAAGAUAAGACCCAUUUGCUUAAUGCUCAUUUCUUUGAUGCUUGACAGUAGCUGCUUUUAGAGGGGAAGUUAAUUCUUGGAGAUAACAUUAUCAAUAGAACAGUCUUAAAUGUCUGGUGUCUCUGUGGAAGGACUUUGUAAUGGUGUUCAAAUAGUAGUAUGUAGGAUAGUGUUAUGAAGAGUGCAAACUAAAAGGUUGUUCAAUUUAGCACUUGCAAAUUCAUCUGUUUACCUCUACAUAUGUACGCAUGAAGAAUAAACUUAAAGCUCAUUUCAGGUACUGAAGGAAAGAUUUUCUCUUGAUCCAAUGUAUAUGUUUUUAGUGUUUUAAGGUCUUCUGUGCAGUUUGGCUCCUUAAUUAAAUUUAAAAAAAAAAUUUGAAAAAACUCCACAUUAAAAAGCAACCCCUCCCUCCAAAAAAAAGAACUGCUAAGGAAGUUGCCCAGUGUAGGAGACUGGUAUGAAAACUUACUUGGAGUAUUUUUCCUGCAAAAAAAAUUUUAAACAAAGAAGCUAUGGAAAUCAGAUGGGACAUAAAGAAUGAGGAAUUUAGUUCUCUGUAAGGAUGUAGUCAGUAGUACUGAUAAAAUUAGUAUCCUUCCCUGAUUCUCUGGUUCCUAUCUUGUAUUUCCUUUGCCUUGUCAGUCAGUCUGUCAAUGGCAUACACCACGUGGAUCAGUUCCACAGUUACAGUUGAUGGUGGGGUUGUUGAUUCCCCAUGGGAAGAGGGUCCCUCUCCCCUCACACAGACUACUGCUUGAUAACUUGCAAAAUUGUGCAUAUUGCAUGAUAUCUGCAAGGAUAGCUAAAUUAAUAAUUCUGUGACAUUUUUCUAUGAUACGAGUAUCUUCUGUCUAUGGUACAAGAUAUUUUUUCUGCUAUUAUUGUUUGCAAGUAGUAACAAAGAACUGACUGUGUCAUCUAACUGAUCCCUUCCUGUGCUGACACUAGGAGAGAGCCAUUGCAAAGACCAAGGGAAAAUGCAAGUUUGUUUCCAAGUAGUAAAAAACAUUUUUGGCAAACAUUUGGGGUUUUCCAAAACUGUAGGUCUUACAUAGUACAUGCAUCGGAUUUUCAGUUCAGUCUGGGUGGCAUUUUCCCACCCUACGUCUGUAUGGAUCUUUAUGGUUUUGAUACCAGCCCUCCCUCUGGCUGAAUUACAGCCUUGUAUCCAAUUGCACAGCAUAUCAUAAUAUAUAUUUUUUUAUAUAUGUAAAUACAUUGUAAUACAUAGGAUUUCCAGUGCCCAGAUGUAGAUUAGCUUUCCAUCUGUGAUAUAACAAGGAAAAAACCCUAUUUCAUAAUUAACAGGGAUGGCAGAAUCUUAAGACAAAGAGAUGAGAAAUAUCCCAAGAGUUUCUGUAGAGUGAAUUCUCUAUGGAAUAAUGAAGCCCGUUUCAGGCGUAUAUAGAUAUAGUGAAAGAAAACAAACUUGAAAAUGACUGGUCAGCUAGUCAAAUUGCAGUCAUUUGGUUUUUUCCUUCUGUUUCACUUUUUUAAAAACACUGGAAUUUCCUUUAGUCUGUUUUAGUUUAAAACUGUAAAAAUUUUCUAGAAGUGUGAAAUAAAGAUACUUAAUUUUUGAACUGA